CAUCAUUUUAAAACAUCCGGAUGUGGCCUUCGGGUUGUCAGUCUUCUUCAUGACGGCCAAGUUUCACUCGUAGUGGUAAAGAACGUACUUCUAUUUUUUUGUAUAUUUACCAUUUUUUUUUCAUUUCAAGAUUGUUAUUUUUCCGAGCCGUCUUUGUUUGGUCUAUUUGGGGGCCACGCGGCCGAGAGCCUCUCAAUCGAAGUCAGAUUUGGAGAAGAUGGCUGACUCUGAUUCCGAGUACACGGACUGUGACUGCGACGGUGACUCUGAAAUUGACAUUAUGUUUCCCGUGGAUUAUGUCGAUCGCAUAGACUCCUAUCAUGCAACGUUGAUUUCUGAGAGAUGGAGCGCCCUCCCGCCGGACCUCAGAAAGGAGGCGACACAUCUGAUGAGACUCAACGUCUUUUGGCGCCAGAUUCUGCUGCUGAACGACGGCACCAGCAACAUCGUCCAGUGGGCUCAACACCACGACUUUGACCCCACCGACCUGAGUAUUGGGACCCUCCUGAAGAUCGAAAUCCUGGAAGCCAUUCUCCGAGCUUUGGAGUUAGGAACUAAUGAUGAAAAGCAGACUCAUCAUCUCAUCAUGAUCACUAUCAGGUUUAGCCUACCCGCAGACACCAUUGCUCACAUUGCGGCCAUCGACUGGUUGAAGAAGACCGAAGCGCCUGAGAUCGAGUCUCGCGUCAUGACAAAGACACACUGCUUCCUGUGUUACUCGUCCUUGCACUACAUCUUCAGAGAUUAUGGGAAUUUCAUCUUCAGAAUGACAGAAUCUACGGCCCAGACCAUGGAGAUGCUAAGAAGUAAGGCUCUCGACUGCCAAGUUGAGGCCAGUAAUCUCCUCAAGCAGAAAGGCAAUGACCUGUUUCAGGAGCAGAAGUAUGAAAGCGCCGUGCACAUUUAUUCCAAAGCCAUCAAAUGCUACCCUGAAAACCACGUCAUCUAUGGCAACCGGGCGCUUUGUUACAUCCGCUGUAAGAAAUAUAUAGAAGCUGCUUUCGAUGGAAAACGAGCCACUCUGCUAGAACCUCUCUGGGCGAAGGGUCACUACCGCUACUGCGAGGCUCUGUUCCUGUUGGGCGAGGAGAAAAGGGCUUUGGCGGCCAACAGUUCAGCUCGCAAUCUGUGCAAGAACGACCCUGACGGAGUCCAAGACCUAAUGCUGCAGCAUCAAAAGUUUGUGGAAGCGAUGAUUGGCAACAAAGUGGGGCCGCCAAAGAAAGGUAAAGGUUCAAGUAAAGCAGCGGCCAUCAAGAAAUGUGUUGUGGUGCAGCAGCAUGUGCUGAAAACAAAAGGAGGCGGUCUUAAUAAGAGCAAGGUAGUGCCAGGUGCAGCCCUGCCGUUUAAGGCAGCAGAAUGUAAAACAAAGAAGGAAAACCAACAAGUCAAGGAAAAGGCGGUCCCACCAACGCCAGCCAGCAUCACUAAAGAGUCGGUCCCACCAAAAAAGACGAAGCCCCCACCGGCCGCCGCCGCUAAACCACCCAGCACGCCAAAAAAGACGAAGCCCCCACCGGCCGCCGCCGCUAAACCGCCCAGCACGCCAAAAAAGACGAGGCCCCCACCGGCCGCCGCCGCUAAACCGCCCAGCACGAUGGCCCCCCCUGGCGCUUCCACUACUAAACAGCCCGAUACACUCAAGAAGAAGGACCAGGGUCCGGAGAAUCAUGCCGAACAACAGCCGAAGCAGCCAGUGGCCAUUAACAAAACCGCCGUGUGCAAAGAGUUGCGAUCUCUUGUGCACGACGCCCACACGGCCUUGAGCAACCUGUGCAGCUACAACGCCGAGAUGGCCUUCCGCCAAGCGCUGGCCCUGCUGGACACCAUAUCACACAAGGACAUAGGACUUUCAACAUUAGAUGUGCAGUUGUUGCUGUACGGCCGUGUGUCCGCCCUGACUGACAUCGGCAAGCCUGAGGAAAUAGCAGAAGCCCAGCGACUCUUGGAGAAGAUCAAAUCUUACGAGGAAAGGAUUUUUCAGUGUUUCGUUCACUAUGCCCGUGGCAGGCUUUAUCUUAAAGAGAACAGGUUUGCUGUUGCUCAGAAACACUUUGAGGAUUCACUGCAGAUGGUGAAGAAUCGUAUAACGCCGGGUACUCUCACCUGGCCGCUAAGCAAAGAGAUUGUAAAAGAAACCCAGCUCAACUAUUUUAAAAAACUUCUGGAGGAUUCUAUAGCUUUAUGCAAAUUUCCCCCUAUUCCCGAUGCCACUUGUCGACUUGGGAAAUGCAUGAGCUCCUCCAAAAACAUUUACAUCACUGACCCGGAUUUUAAAGGCUUCAUUCAGAUAAAGUGCAGCCAGCAGUGCCUGAUUGAAUACCAUACUGCUUGCUGGAAAACACUCAAGGCCUCGUUGUCCUUUGAAAAGAACGAAAAGGAUUUUUUGGAACAACCUUGUCGGACUCCAGAUUGUUUUGGUCAAGUCUGUAGUAUCAAAAUUCUAGACCCGACAGGCCUGGUGAAAUGUAAGUUUGAAAGAGACAUCCCAAAGCCACAGACGCAGAAGAAGCCAAAAGUCAAUCAGAAGUGUUCUAUCAGAGUGAAAAAGUCCAAGGAGGAGAGUCAACUGAAGACUAAGAAUAUUAAUAAUAAUAAUAAGCAGUUGAGUGAAGAAAAAGUGAAUAUUAGUGAAGAUAUUCUUCCGGCCAAAAAAAACAACUCUGUACUACAAAGCCAGCAGAAAGCCUGGUUGCUUUACGGGGAUCGAAUCCUCGUUCAGGUCUACCAGAUGAUGCGGCUGCUCCGCCAGGAAAAAGGCCUCUCCGUGUCAACUCUGAGCACCUAUCUAAGGCCCUGGCUGGAACUGGACUCGGAGCAAGGGAACCAGCUAGCCACGAAGAUGCUGAACUGGCAACAGGAGCAGCUGGAGACGCUGGAUCAGGCCGUGGAGCUGCUGCUGGAGAGGAAGAAUCGCGUCUGGGCUCGCGUUUUCAUCGAGCUGCUUUCCAAGUCUUUGGAUAUCAACAGGGAGCUCAGUCAGUGGGCAGGCCGUCUCAACAAUGCAGAUCUGAACGCUGCAAAGUCUUUCAUUGAGCGAAACGCCCACCAAAUGGAAGAUUGGGACUUGACUCCGCUGUUAACAUUUGCUCCUCUGCGGGUGAUGAUUUCUGAAAGCGUGGGCAACAGCCAAGAGUUGAUGACAAAGAACGGCCUCAGUAAAUACUUGGGAUGGGCUGCGCCGCAUGAGAUGAGAGUCUUUAUCUGGACUCUGGCGGAGCUUAAGGACCGUGUCACAUGUAAUCUUUUACUGAAUGAAUAUUUUGAUAUGAUUGAUGGACAUUAUUCAGUUCUAAAAAAGUCAGAUCAAAAUCGUGAUACUGUCAGUGUUAAGAAUCAAGGCCGGAAGAAAAAGAAAGGUCUAAACGGUCUUCCUGUUUGGCGGCCGAGUGUUGCACCCAUAGACCAUGGCGACCAAGAAAAUCCCAUAUAUUACCCCCAACCCAGUGAACCCUUCAGAAUUCCCAGCCACCUCCAAGCGGAGGUGACCGAGUUUGAGGACCAGUAUAUCGGCCCCACACACAAGAGGGACCUAAAAAAGCUUUUGGACAACAACCCCGAUCCUACGGAGGAGAAUAUGUAUGACUACUUCGCACAAAUUUUGGAAGGACACGGCCCCCUGCUCCCAGACAGCCCCCUGCUGAUCGACGAGAUGGAAAACUUCCCGCCGAUGGCUCACGCAAAGAUUGACAAGGCAGGCGGUUUUGAGGCCUUCCUUUUGAGGUCUCUUCGCUUCAUAAAGAUAGGGAUGCGUGUCGGCCUGGCCAAGCAUGCGGUCAGCCUGCAGCAGCAGCAGCCCCCCCUUGAGGCCCCUUAUAUAAUCUCACCGCCACAGACUGAGGAGCCGCAUCCUUAUAGCGUUGACCCUUAUCCUUCACCCACUAAUCAUUUACCUGUUGGGACAGACGACCUCUUAUGCCCUGUCAGCAGAGGCCAGGUCAGUUAUUGGGACGACCCAAAGUUCUCCCUUGACGACUUCGACUGGAUGGAGCUUUAUGCUGCUGAGGAGGAUACUCUGGAAACCUAUUCCCAUCCAAGUGAAUUAAAUCCAACCCCCACUGAAGAAAUCAAGGCAGUGAAACAUUCGGAAACACAGACAUGUCCGGCCAUCAAUGACAGCGUGGCGAUAAACACGGAGCCUUUGAAACGUUACGAGAGUUGCCACGGUGACGUCAACAAAAAGGCCAAAAGUAUUGACGAAAUGAAGGAGAAGAUGAAUAAAAUGGCAAACGACCGUGAAGAAGUGGGGCGUGAGCACAAUAAGGACCUGGAAUCCUUGCAAAGAGAGAUCCAGGAGAUCACUGUCAAUAUUCAAGUUACCGACAAAGAGUUGACCCUGUUCCAGCAGAAGCUUGAAGAGGAGAUCAAGAAGGAUCAGAAGGAGAAGAAGGCCAACCAGGAGGUGCUGAAGACCCUCAAACUGGAGACCGAACAGCUGGUGGAGGAACAAGCCAGUCUAACCAAAACCAUCAGACAGAAGAAAGCCAGCUUUAAGGAGGAACUGGACAAGUUCUUGGAACUGAGCAAUCAGUCGGCAGCAGAGAAAGUGAGCCUGGAGGACGAGGUCAAGCGCUGCAAAACCGCUGUUGCCAUGGCGACCAAGCGGUCCCUUACUGCUCAGUUGUGCAUCUUGGAGAGCAGUCGGGAUCAGCGUCUGCACAGCCUCCACCGUCAGCUGGCGGAAGCCAAGGCGCUGCUGGGCAAGCUGGAUGAAAAUGUGCAGCGGUUUCCAUCGCUGGAAACAAGCAGACAAACCUGGAGAACCAACGUGCAAGACUUGGAAAAGAAAAUCGCCACAGUUGAGACGCAGUACAAGGAGCAAACGGAGCAAGUCAAAAGUGGCAAAAGAGCCAAAGACGUGCUUUUGAACAGCAGUCAGCCUGAACCUCAGGUCUCCAUGCUUUCUACCGACAUGGCUGCCCUGAGCAUGGCCUCCGCCGAGACUCUCAACCCGGCCAAACCCGCGUUGCCGGCGAGCCACACAGUGUUUGACAAGGCCAUGGAACGCCUGGCCACUGUUUUCCCCAACUACACCAGGUCCGACUUCAUGAGGUUUUUUAAAGACCUGCGUUCAUCCAAUGGUGGCAGUCUUAACGGCAUGGGCUGGCAGGAGGUGGUCAGCGGUGUGGGCCAGUUGAUCCUCGAACAACAGGACAAGCUCAAAUCCGGUGCCGCAUCUAAGACAACAAAGCCAGGAGGAGCUCCGGUGGACUCCAACCCCUCUGCUUGGAAGCAGGUUCAGCCCCAAAACCCACAGGACACCACUGUGCUGAACUUGGAAGACCCUUGUGUCAUCUGUCAGGAAGACAUCCACCCGUCAGACCACUGUGUUCUGGAGUGCAGACACGGCUUUCAUAAUAAGUGCAUCAUGCUGUGGCUGAAGGAGACGAGCAACUGUCCCACCUGCAGAAAGCGCACUUUGAUGAGCGACUUCCCUCUGCUGGUUGGUAGAAGACGCCAAGCCCCGUGAUGUCAUUAUCUUUUCCUUUUUUUUCCCCUUGUUGUACUGUUUAACUUUCAAGGCCAACUUUUAUGUAAUUGAAAUACCAAUUCAUGACUAAUUAAAGCCAGGUUGAGGUGUG